GGAGACACAUGAAAAAUAACGGCAGUGGCUUAUUACCUGACAGGACUCUGGAAACAUCUUUAAAACUGCGACAGUGCUGAAUGUCCAGACACCAGUUGUCCUCAUCAGACAAACCCUUCUGCUGCUUCAGAAUAAGGUGUUGAUUGUCAUGACAACUCCUCCUCUUGAGGUGCCCCUCCACGGUUUUGGCAGUUGAUACCAGGUCUCUGAGUGAGAGUCUGCAGGGGGCUCACCAUGGUGCAGGAGAAGAAUGACGGGAUAAACAAAGACAUGGUCCUUCCACCAGUCCAACAAAAUAGACCUGCUUUGUCAUGGGCACUGAAGAUCAAGAAAAAGCUGAAGACGGUGCCUCCGUGUCUGGGCAAGUUCAGACCGACUGUUGGCCAGUGCUGCCACCAGUGCACCCCCGACAGUCUGCGUAAGAAACCUGGACAAAACUCUUUCCUUGGCUUUCACAACCUGCUGAGUGUCAAUGAGACACACACCAGGUAUCGAGGCUGGCUGGUGCGGAGGGUGUGCUGCGUGCUGUUUGUGAGUGGGCGCAAGGUUUACGCGAGUCCUGUUAGCAACAGACUGGAGAGAGUCUGUCAGAGCAACAGGGUGAAGAAGGCGCUCACAGCAGAGCAUAAAGCACCUGAGGAGGGAGACAGCCGAGGGCAGCUAAGCCACCUCUCGCCAUUCCUCCCCCUCAUUAACACCUGCAUCUCCCCUGGCCUCAUACGAUUCCUGGGCUGGGUGAUGCUGAAGAUGUUUUCCUCCAUGUUUGGCAGUAUUCAAGUUAACCUCAGCCAUCUGCCGGCUUUGCAUAGAGCCUCACAAGAGGGAUCUCUGCUGGUUUAUGUGCAUCUGCGUCAGAGCGUCGUGGACUGUGCUCUCAUCUCCCUGAUGCUCUUCUGUCACAACCUGAGAGUCCCAUAUGCUCUUUGUCCCCUCCGCAUUAACAGCUCCAUCAUAAGAUCAAUCCUGCAGAAAGUAGGUGUGGUCCUCCUGCCACCUUUUGCACUGACUGAGCAAGAAGCUGAGAUGGACAGUCUGUACGCUCCUGUAAUGGCCUCCCUGGUACGUGAGCUGCUACAUGAGGGUCAGGCGAUAAGUGUCGGUGUGUCAGCGAAGUCUGGCCAAGGUGGCCAGUGGCUGGCUCACAUCAGACAACUCAUCAAAGAGGGAUCUGUCCCUGAUGUCAGUCUGGUCCCUGUGGGCAUCUCGUACGACUGUGUGCCCAUGACCAACGCACAGGUUGGUUUAAGCUCUGUGCUGCAGUGGCUGUUGUCUCUACUCUGGAGGAGACCAGAAGGAAGCGUGAGAAUCGACUUCGCUCAGCCCUUCUCUCUCAAGGAGAUGUGCGAGUCAGGGAGGUGCAGAGUAGAUGAAUGGCUCCCUCUACAGGACCUGUUGCUGCCUGUUAUCCUCAACAACAGAACGGAUAGUGUGUUUGGGCAGAAGAGGAUGUCGUGGCUCCUGCCUUCUUCUCAUUAUGCCUCUGAACUCAAAGAGCCGAGUCAUCCAGAUAGAGACCUCAGCAUCGCCAUCAUCCUCCACCUCAUCUUCUCUGCAACCUCCUGCACGGCUGUGAUGUCCACCAGUCUGGUGUCCAGUCUUUUGCUCUACAGACACCGCAAGGGUGUGAGUGCGUCUGCUCUCUGCCGGGAUGUGGCCUGGCUCACGGAGGAGUUCUUGUUCAGGAACAGAGACGUCGGUUUCGGGGGAAGUUUAGAGGAUGUUUUCCGCUAUUCCCUCUCUCUGCUCGCGGCUCACCUCAUCAUAGCUGCAGCGCCGUCUAGGAAAGACCCUUUUAUUGCGCCUUGUCCAUCUCUUGCUUCCACGCUUCACCUCACCCACCAGGCCAAGAUUGUCACACAUACCUUUAUUUUGGAAGCUGUCGGCGCGUGUGCUGUGUCGGCCAUGCUGUGCGAGGUGGUCAGCAGUGGUGUCAGCAGCAGGGUGAGGAGUGGCGACGUGGACGGAGAGCAGGUCAGCGGUGACAUGGAGUUUGAUGUGGUGCUCUGCCAGUCCGAGCUGACGGAGAGAGCCCUGCAGCUCUGCCAUCUCCUGCCUCCGGGCUUCAUGCCACCCUGUCAGUCAUCCCAGAAUUUCGCUCUGGAUGCAGUUGACAGUCUGGUACGCUGUGGGAUCCUGAUCAUGGAAGAAAUUCCCAGGGACGUUCCCAUCUGUGAUUUCUGGAAGAGGGAGGGAACUUUGACCUGGACCACCUCUGACGACCCUUAUCACAGCGACUCUGACUGCGACAUGGAGGAGCAGGACCUGCGUUCUUACAAGAUAAGCCAGCCGAGUCAGUGCCCAGAGAUGCUCUUCUUCCUCUGCAGCAUGCUGGCUGGUCAUCUGAGGGCACUCUGCUGGACGACCACUGCAUUAGACCUUCUAAACACACCUCUGCCAGAGGCAGAGUUUGUUGCUCAGGUACACUCCCAUCUGUGUGACAUGGCAAAUAAGAAGAAACAACACUAUGAGAGCUGCUCAGAGGAGGCUGCACACACUGCUGUUAGAUCACUAAUAGACCUGGGGGUCCUUUCAGAGGAGCGUCGGGAAGGAGGCGUCUUCCUGGGUGUCGUCCCUUUGUUCCAGUUGUCAGAAAACAGGCAGAAGCUGCACCGCUUCAUCUCACAGUACCUCUACAAUUAAUGUGUUAAACUUCGCAGCAUGACUCAAGGGCUCGACACGGCUUUGUUGUGUCGCAGAGUCUGACCUCAUCCUCUGUUAGUGUCAGAGAAGCUUGUGUUCGCUGUUAAAAAAGAUGCAUGCUGAGCUGGGACGCUCGUGCCUUUAGGUUAAUUGCAUUUUGAUUUUUCAGUGAUGAGACAUUGAUUUUAAGUUUAUCUUUAGUAAUAGCAUUAGCAUAAAGCCACAGGAGACGAGGAUUAUGAAGUCCCUGUAAUCAGUUGUCAGGACUGCUCGGCGCGGCUCAUGUUCGACCAUGUUUAUGUUGUAAUGAAGGACACACAAGUUUUGUUUGUAACAAAAAGCUUUAUUCUGCUUUUUCUCGUUCUUCACAAGUUCAUCAGUUAAUCAGCGUUCGUACUGACAAUAAACAAAUGUCCUUAUUUCAUUAUUAACCCCACACCAGAUGAAAAGGCUCUUUGUACACAGACUGGUUACCAAAUGGUUUACAGCAGUAUAUUGUGCUCAUUCUUAUAAAUAUAAUUUCUUCCAAACAGCUCAUCAUUGUUUCUUGCUCUCCUCCUGAAUGUAGAUCCUUGUUUGCUGACUCAGACCUCAGGAGAAUCUGUCUGUUCGAUGUAGACCUUUUGACACCGAGACGCAGAGACAGAUCGAUGCCUGGCUUUGAACAGGACGUACAGCUUUUUCUUCUGGCAGGCAUUAAUAUUUUGGAGUUCAGAGCCGUCUGUUUGUACAGUCAAGAGUCAGCGUGGCUGUUUGUGUCCUUUAAACUCCGUCACAAACCAGAGCUGCAGAUGAUCGGCCCUCACUGGCCGUGAAGCUCUACUGCCACCCAGUGUUGAAGCCUCAAUACUGUCCACACAUGCCUCACUGUAGCUGGGUCUUAAAUCCAAACUGCACACCAGUCUAAGCAGGCUCUGUGUUCACAAAAUUAGGUUUACUUAAAAUUGUCAGUAUAUGAAUUAAGAUAUCCGUGAAUUUUGAGUGUGCUGUUCACUGUUGUCACACAGCGCACUGCAAAACUAACAGUGCCUUCCAAUACCCUUAUGACCAUACUAUGUAGUAUGCCAGAAAAAGAUUUAAUAUGUCUCAAUACAUAGUGUGUGAUACACAGUAUGCCAAAAAUACCAGGGUGUCAAACUGCAUCCAGUCACAUUUUGAAGUAUGCAAGUUGGCAUGCUUUUCUGGCUGUUCUUUCCCACAAUCCUCUGCACAUCAAAAGACGCGUCACAUAGACUGAGCCGCAGAUGACAGCUCACUGACAGCUGACAGAGGCCACAAACUAAUCAUUAAGAUAACAAACAACGGCAGCACAUUGGUGCAGUGGUUAGCAUUGUGGCCUCACAGGAAGAGGGUUCCUGGUUCGAACCUGGGAAUUCCAGGGUUCAAACCCCAGGGGUGGGGAAGCGAUCUCCCCGUGUGUUCUCCCUGUGACAGCAUGGGUUUUCUUCAGGUACUCACAGUCCAGAGACUACGGGUUAAUUGGUGACUCUAAAUUGGCCGUAGGUGUGAAUGUGCACGUGAAUGGUUGUCUGUCUCUACAUGUCAGCCCUGGUGACCUGUCCAGGGUGUACCCCACCUCUUGCCCAUUGUCAGCUGGGAUAGGCUCCAGCCCCCAGCGACCCCCAACAGGAUAAGCAGUUAGGGAAAAUUAAUGAAUGAAUAACAAACAACAAAAGGACAUAACAAUAAAUAUAACUAUGACAGAGGAAUCUACAAUGUAUGCAGUUAUUACUCCAAAGUUAAAAUGACACAUUGCAAAGUAACAACAGCAGAGUGCUUUCGGGUUGACCUCCGUCUCUGGUGAGCUUCGCUAAUGGCAUUUUGUUUUCUCUCUAAGGUCACAUUAAGAUCUGCUGCAUUCCAGAUUGCAUACUUUUUCUUUUUACUUCAAAGUUCGUGCCACAGACUGUGACAGAUAUAUAAGCAAGAGGGUCUAAGAUGUUCCAACAAAGUAGUACGCCCCAGUUGUAUGCAUACUCCAUGCAACAGAACGUACUUUUCAGGGGCAUUUGCAGUAUGUGCUGAUAGUAAAAAGUAUGUGAUUGAGAACGCAGAACUUAUUAACAGAAUUUCUUUGAAUAUGUCUUAACUCAUUUUGAGAUAAAAGACUUUCACUGUGUGAAUGCAUCAAGGGGAGUUAUGGUGGCAGAGCGGGUCAUAAAUUAUAGGGUUGGUGGUUUGAUCCACGACUCCUCCUGUUUGCAUGUCCAGGUGUCCUCAAGCAAAACCAUCAGCCCUAAACUCCUCCACAUGUGCAGCGUGUGUGAGCCACUUUGAGUAAAAUCUGCCACAUGAAUGUAACGCUGAAUUUUGAAUCUAUUCAUUUCACUCAUUAUUAAGUGACUCAAUGGUCGAAAAUAAUUUCCAGGUACAAAAAAGUCACCUCAUCACAUUACUGCGAAAAUGUAAAAUGGGUCCAUUCAGUCUGGGAAUUUCUCUAAAGCUGUUUCUGUCAGUGAAAAAAAUAUCAACUUCAGUGAUUUCAGUAAAAAGAAAAUGAAUCAAGCAGGUACAUGAAUCAGCGUAAUUAUGAAGAAUUUCCUCCGAGGCAGUGUGAGGGAACAACUUUAAAGACAGCAUAUUUUUUUAUUUGAUUAAAUUCCUCCUUAAACUUACUUUCUACAGAGAAAAUCUGUUUGAAUCCUCUACGUUAGUCGAAAAGUUUUAUAUACAAUUUAUCAUGACGAAAACAUUUUUACAUAUUGAAAAAAGUCAGGAGGUUCACAGUUUGUGCUCUGUAGCGUGAGUGGGAGGCUGCUGAUAGAGGGGUAUUUUUACAGCUAGUGACUAAAUAACCGAGGUCAAGCUGCAAACAGCAUGUUGAGUCAUGU